UUAAGUAUGCAUGUGUGGGCUAUUCAGUGCACAUGGAUGGCAAAGAUAAAGAUCCAUCUAUGAAUCUUGAUGCAGGGGCAAGAAACCCAUCAACUCCACAAGGGAAACACUCUGAAUUGCCGUUUUGUAUUGGUGUUGAGCUUUUGGUGGAUGAAAGACCUGCAGCAGCAACUGCAGGCCACGCUCCAGGUCAUGUUCCAGGACGGGCUCCAGCCUAUGCCCCAGCACAUGCUCGUAAAACGGAAGAUGGUCAACCUUUGUCGCAACCGCAACCAAGCAAGCCACCGCAGCCUGCAGCAGAGGAAUUCUUGCCUAGGUUUGCUCGUAAUGCAAAUAUAGUGGAGUCUGGUCUAUUGAAGAACAGAUAUAGAGUUGGCAACUACAUCAAGGCUAAUGAUGAUGAUAUGAUGUACCCUUACCGUAGGAGACCCAAGUAACUAAGUUCAGAGGACAACUUUCCGCUGACAUUGUAUAA